CACCUCUCUCAUCAGAAAAUCAUUUGUGUCCAUUAAGUUUCAUCUGAAACGAUUAAUCGCAGAAAAAAGAGAGAAACAUCAAAAUCACAGCCAUGUCUGGAAGAGGAAAAGGAGGAAAGGGUCUUGGAAAGGGAGGAGCUAAACGUCACCGUAAAGUUCUGAGAGAUAACAUCCAAGGAAUAACAAAGCCUGCGAUUCGUCGUCUCGCACGACGUGGUGGCGUGAAACGUAUCAGUGGGUUAAUUUAUGAGGAGACUCGUGGUGUUCUCAAGAUCUUUCUUGAGAACGUGAUUCGUGAUGCUGUUACAUACACCGAGCAUGCUCGCCGCAAGACUGUCACUGCCAUGGAUGUUGUUUACGCACUCAAGAGACAGGGCAGGACUCUUUACGGUUUCGGCGGUUAGAAUUUGGGGAUUUCUGUGUUUCUUUGAAAAUUUAGGGUUUCUUUUAGUGCUAAUGUUAUUGUUGAUAUAUGGUGUAAUAGCACUUGAUAUUGCUUAUUAACAAUGGUUUUUCUUUGUUAUAUUUUGUUUAAUUGUCUCACUGAAUAUUAAUAUACUAAUUAAUUUGAUAA